GUACCUGCCUUUGAGAACUCCAGCUGUAAUAUAGAUGGUACAAGUGAACUUGCACAACUUUUAAAGAUGACCAAAUUGAUCAUAUGGGACGAGGCUCCCAUGGCUCAUAGGUUUUGCUUUGAAGCUCUAGAUAGAACUCUCAGAGACAUUAUGUCCUCAGAUAAAAUUUUUGGUGGAAAAGUUGUGGUAUUUGGAGGUGACUGCCGACAAAUAUUACCGGUUAUACCCAGAGCCAAUCGCUCAGACAUAAUUAAUGCUACAAUAAAUUCCUCCUACAUAUGGGAUUCAUGUGAAGUUCUUACUCUGACCAAAAAUAUGCGUCUUCAACAGAAUGCAAUGUCAUCAGAUAAUCAGGAAUUGAAAAACUUCUCUGAUUGGCUCUUGAAAGUUGGCGAAGGAAAGCUAUCCGAGCCAAAUGAUGGAAUUGUGGAAAUUGAUAUACCAGCCGAGUUUUUAAUACAUGAUUUUGAUAAUCCAAUACAGGCUAUAUUCCAGAGUACAUAUCCAGAUUUCUUGAAUUACUACAAUGAUCCUCAAUACUUACAAUCAAGAGCAAUUCUGGCUUCAACAAUAGAAUGUGUUGAAGAAAUAAAUGACUACAUACUCUCAUUGAUUCCAGGAGAAGAACAAGAAUACUUAAGUUCUGAUGAGAUUGACAGGUCAGAGAUCAAUGAUGAAUGUCAAUCAUUUGAUAUCUUAACACCAGAAUUUUUAAAUUCCCUGAGAUGCUCAGGUCUGCCUGGUCAUAAACUUAAGUUGAAAGUAGGAACUCCUAUCAUGCUUAUGAGAAAUAUUGACCAAUCAAUGGGAUUAUGCAAUGGUACUAGACUUAUUAUUACUAGAAUGGCCAACCAUGUUCUUGAAGCGAAAAUCAUGUCAGGUACAAAUAUAGGAAGCAUGACUUACAUUCCAAGAAUGGAUAUGUCUCCUUCCCAAUCCCCAUGGCCAUUUAAGCUUACCAGAAGACAAUUUCCUAUUAUAGUUUCUUAUGCCAUGACUAUCAAUAAAUCUCAAGGUCAAUCACUAGACAGUGUAGGUUUAUAUCUUCCAACAUCCGUAUUUAGUCACGGUCAAUUGUAUGUUGCUAUGUCGAGGGUAAAGAGUAAGGCUGGAUUAAAGAUAUUAAUUCAUGACAAGGACAAAAUCCCACUGUCAACUACCAUGAAUGUAGUCUACAAGGAAGUUUUUGAAAAUCUAUGAUGUAAGUUAACUCAUUCCUACAAUUUCGUUUUAAAUUUAUGAUGCACUGAUUUUAUCUACCUAUGAUCAUAAACUACACUUACUUAUCUUCUUCCUUUUUAAAUUUAGGUGCACAAGAGAUUAAUGGACUCACAUAGCAACAACGUAGAAGUUGACUUCAUUUCUUUUUUUGGUUGGACCUGAUAUAGGUGCAUAAUGGAUUAAUGGAUUCACAUAGUAACAACAUCCAAGUUCAAUUGAACUUUUCCACAGUUAUCAUUUAACUUGGACAUUGUUGCUAUUUUGAUUGAGGAAACAUUAAUUCAGUUUACUAUGUGUAACUAAUGACAUAUAUUAUUAUCUUAUAAGUGCAACUAUAAAGUUUAUAUUUAA